CUUAACUAGACAUUAGAAGAGUAAAGUAAAAAAUGUUAGUUCGACAAAAUGAAACACUCACAUCUGGUACUAAAAUCGAUCCUCAUAGUGUUGGUCUGUAAUAGUGCGUCCUGUGAAAUCAGUCGUAGCAAUCAAAGAUUGAACAAGAGGCAAGAAAAAGUAUUAGCCUUUUUUGGAGUGGGCCUAGUGCGAUUUGAAAAUUCGGAAUGUAUUGGAUCUGGUAGCAUGCAGGGUACCUGUUAUACUCGGCGACAGUGUAGGGAAAUAGAUGGCAUAGGAUCCACUAAAUGUGCGGGUGUUCAAAGGACGUGUGGGGAGACCUCUUCUCUAAACAAUACGUAUUUCGUUAGUCCUGGCUUUCCUUCAGCGUAUACAGGAUCUUCAGUAUGCACAAUUACUAUACAGAAAUGUGCAGGAGUAUGCCAGAUACGCCUGGACUUCUUGACCCUCCGACUAGCCCAACCGAACGGCAACGGUACAUGCACGACAGACGCGCUUUUGGUUACGGGGGGAGCAUCGAUAGUUCCUGCCAUUUGCGGUGAAAAUACCGGUCAACACAUCUACGUGGAUUUUAAUGGUGACACUCCUAUCACGAUCUCCGUCAGUACCAGUGGUACGACUAGCGCAGCCGUCGCUUGGAAUAUUAAAGUUACCCAGAUCGGUUGCAACUGUCCCACUAGAGCACCUUCUGGAUGUCUUCAGUAUUUCAACAGCACAACAGGCACGGUCAGAGGCUUCAACUAUGGCAAUUCGAUAAACCAGAACGGCACAAGACAACUAGCGAAUUUGAAUUAUGGGGUUUGCAUUGCUAUGAUACCAGGUACGAAAUAUAAGUUUAAAAACGAAAGAAAACUAGUUUAUGUCGUAUUUAGGGGGGUUGGCUUGGUGUUCAAGGAGAUCUGUUACUAG